UGAUGUCACCAUGUUUCUGCUUCCAGGGUGGUCACCUAGCGAAGACAAAAAGUCUUGCAUGAGGAUGGAGAAGAGAAAGAUGGACAUAACUGCAAAAAUGUUAAAACUCGCCCUAGACAUCGUCUAUCUGUUGACCGGGGAGGAUUAUGUUGUAGUGAAGAAGUCUAGUGGGGAGCCAAUCUCAGGAGGAUGGAGCAGGAUCCAGAGCCCCACCAUGGUGCCUCCCCCUCGUUCCCCAAUACCUGAGAGGAACAAAGAGCAGAAGAUCCUGGAACUGACCACCAUGAUGGUCCAUCUGCUGACAGGAGAGGUUCCUAUAAGGUGUCAGGGUGUCACUGUCUAUUUCUCCAUGGAGGAGUGGGAGUAUUUAGAAGGACACAAGGAUCUCUACAAGGACGUCAUGAUGGAGGACCACCACCCCCUCCCA